CUCUGGUGUUUAUUGUUUGCCUCGGUUUACGAACGAGUUAAUUUUUGUCAAAAGUUAAGUAUCAAAACAAUAAUUCCAUUGUUUUUGCAUCAUCAGCUAUUUUAAGACAUUCCUAUCAACAUAGAUGGCACAAUCUAUGGAAAGUUUGUGUCGCAUAUGCGCUGGAAGUGAUUCCGAGCGGAAAUCCCUGUUGUGUGUAUUUUCUACUAGUAUCGAAUACGAACCACAAAGUAUUGAACCGACCGAUGACGGACAAAAUAAGAGAUCUACGGGAACACUAGCACAAACAGUGGCCGAAGCCAUGGCGGCAUGUUUGGAUGUUGAUAUCAAACCUAACGAUCAGCUUCCUCAGCGAAUUUGUUACAAAUGCCUGGAGAAACUUAGACUAUCUUGGGAGUUGCGAGAAACUUGCAAGUCUAGUGAAGAGCAGCUGAAACGAAUGCUUCAGGAUUCGGUUGCCGAAAUGCCAUUGAUGAAACGAGAGGAAAGUAUACAAUCUUCGCUUGAUGAAGAGGAGUUUCUGGUAGAAUCUGAUGUCGUUUUCGCAGACGAGGAAGUUCUAGAAGAAUACGAGUUAAUUUUAGAGAAGGAUAAGACUAAACAUUCAAAUCCGAAUGAUCCAUUGCAUACCGAGAAUGGUUGGCUACUGUCAGAUCUUUCCAAAGAACAUUAUGAUAUUAAAAAAGGCGACGAUACCUACUGGGAUCUAGUAGAAGUAGAGGAUUACCGGUGUUGUGGGUGUUUUCAAUACUUCUGUUCUAGAUCUGCAAUGGAAGAGCACUGUAAACGUGAACACCAUAGUGAGGUUUCGUCACGUGGUGAUCGAACUAGUCGGUAUGAAUGCAGCGUUUGCCGAAAAUUAUUCGCUAGUUCCGAUGCACUAAGUUUUCAUCAACAAAUGGCUCGCUCUAGGCAGUUAUUUCACUGCAAACAGUGCCAGAUGCUUUUACCUAGCAAACGACAGCUAAAAGUUCAUUUGAAGUCGCACACCGAGCUGAAGAUUGAAAUGCUAUCGCAGCCUACUGCUUUUCAAUCAAUUUCCAAUCAUCAAUACGAAGUUCCUGUCAAAAGUUUACCGUCGAACAAACAAUCUGAGCCACCUUUGGCCAGUAAAUGUCGUUUAGUCAAACACUUUAUUACGUUUGACUAUAUGGCUUUCGAUGGAUUCUGCUGUUGCGAAUGUUGGUUUUAUUGCAAAACUAAACGUGAGAUGAGUCGCCAUGGCGAGAAGGAACAUUAUAAUAAUCGUGGUUUCGAAGAGGAAAUGGUAUGCUUCGCUUGUUUGAGAUCGUUUGACACAAAAACGUCUUUCGAAGAACACAUGGAACAACUUAAUGCAAAGCAGAUAUAUUAUUGCAGACCGUGUAAGCAAAUGUUUCGCUCAUCGGAUAAACUGCAGGAGCACCAAAAUGUAAGCGAGAAUCAUGAAGGUUUUAUUGAACUGGAAAUGAUCGAUAUCAAGGAGGAAGUGGAAAUCGAAGAAAACGCGACGGAUACUAAAUCUUCUGAUCAACCUACAGUUGAAACCAGUCGGCGCACAAGAACCGGCCGGAAAGUAAUAAACGAAUCUCUGACCGUUGAUGGUGAUGGCGAUGCGCAGACGGUCGCUGAUUGUGAUAACGGUGAUGUAGACUAUGAACCAGAUGUGAACUCACGAAGUCGACGUUGUGACGAAUCAUACGGUCGACGGUUGCAUGCUCCCAAAAUCAAACGAAAUGACCCAGAGAUAGCUGAGAUAACCGUGGUGGAUAUCAGCGGUCAGGAUACGAUACGAUGCUGUGGUUGUUACAAAACAUUCAUCACAGAAGAAGAAGCCCUGGAACAUCGUUCUGAACAGCACCAGCAACAUAAGCUUCCGGAAAGCAAAGAAAAGCCCUAUGAAUGUGAACGAUGCUACCGACGAUUCGUGAAAGCUGUAUCGCUUCAGGUGCAUCGGCAGUUUGUGAAAACCGUUCAAGUUUACGCCUGUAAGUUAUGCAGUGAAAAGUUUACCUUUCAAACACCAUUCCUUCUGCAUUACAUCCAACACGAAAAUCAGUCAUGGAAGUGGAAAGAUGACAAACGGGGAGCGAAACCAAGAAUCACGGAGAACGAUUCCAAAUAUUUCUGUUGUUUCAAUUUUUGUACUCAAUCCUACACGGAAUACAGUGAACUGCUCUCGCACGUGGACGAGAACCACGGCGUCAAACGGAAUCAGUUUAAGGACUAUCGCGAUACAGAUCAGAACUGUUGCGAAAUUUGCUUUCGAAGUUUCACCAAUUACCGGGCUCUGCUUCGGCACGUUUCGCAGGGGAAGAAAGCUAAAUCAGCUAACCGGCAUACUUGCAGUAGCUGCGGGAUGCAGUUCAAAUCACUCGCACUGCUCAAGGAUCACGAGAACAAACAUCUCGGUAUCAAACCGUACGAAUGUGAAGUUUGUAACAAAUCGUUUGGAUCGAAAAAUAUUCUCACCAAUCAUAUGAUCGUUCAUCAAGCGAGUCGUCCGUUUAGUUGCGAAAUAUGUGGGAAAACAUUUGCCAGAAAGCGAAACUACAAGGAUCAUUCGAUGACGCACAUGAACGAGAAACCAUGGGAGUGCGAGAUCUGUAAGCUUACCUUCCGAAUCGAGUCUCAGUUUCUGACGCACAAACGGCGCCAUACCGGUGUUCGUCCGUACAAGUGCAAGUUUUGCGAGAAGGUGUUUUCCCAUGCCACCGAUCGAAAGCGACAUGAAAUGGCUGCGCACACGGGCGAGAAACCACAUCAGUGUAGUUUCUGUCCGUUUGCAUUCAUACGCAAGCGACAGCUGGUCAUACACGAACGGACCCACACCGGGGAAAAGCCCUUCGAGUGUCAGUACUGUGGCCAGGCAUUCAUCCAGCAGAGUUACUUGACGCGACAUAUGGCCUCUCACAAACAACGGGAUGAUGCGGUUUAGUGUAGUUUCUCGACGUGUGAUAGUUGAGAUGAUAAAACUGUGCAUUGCUCGCAACAUUUCGAAGUGUGUUGGAGCUUUCAAAAAUACCUGUAGUGAAAGUAUCACAUGAUGAGAAGUUGAAUAAAAGUCUGCUUUCGCAUGAUAAUAAUCACAAUGCAAAUGAAUUACUAGUGUACUCU